AUGGAACGUCCCAACCUCACCUCAGUGACUGAGUUCAUUCUCCUUGGCCUCUCCAGCCGGCCUGAGCUGCAGGUGCAUCUCUUCCUCCUCUUCUUCAUGAUCUACCUGAUGAUCUUGCUGGGGAACCUGCUCAUUGUGUUGCUGACAAUGAGGGAUUCACGACUCCACACACCUAUGUACUUCUUCCUCACUAAUUUGUCCAUUAUAGAGGUCUGUUUUACAACCUGUGCAUUUCCACAGAUGCUGGUACACUUCUUGGCAAAGAAAAAGUCCAUCUCUUACUCCUUCUGUGUCAUCCAAUUCUACACAUUCUUAUCCUUUGGCAUUGCAGAGUGUUAUAUCCUGUCAGUGAUGGCCUAUGACCGCUAUGUUGCUAUUCGAGACCCCUUAAGGUACACAGUCAUAAUGAACUGGGGUGUAUGUGGGAGACUGGCUGCUGCAUCAUGGUUGGGUGGCUUUGUGUUUUCUGCAGUGGACACAAUAACCACGUUUCAGCUCUCAUUCUGUCGGGAUAAUGUUAUCAAUCAUUUUGUGUGUGAAAUGCCUGCCCUACUGCACCUCUCGUGUAGUGAUACAACCCAAGCAGAGUUGGUCAUGCAUGUUCUCUGUAUCUUUACCCUUUUUUGCCCUAUCACACUUGUCAUCAUUUCCUAUGCACAGAUCAUUGUUGCUGUUCUGCGUGUUCGUUCUGCUCAGGGACGCAGAAAAGCCUUCUCUACUUGCUCUUCCCAUCUUCUGGUUGUCACCCUAUUUUAUGGCACUAUAAUUUCUCUUUACACGAAGCCUCGAUCUCUUUCUUCUCCAGAAUACAAUAAAAUUGUUUCUGUGUUUUAUGCGGCUUUUACACCUACCCUCAACCCUCUCAUUUAUAGCUUGAGGAACAAGGAGGUGAAAAUGGCCUUCAGAAGGCUUUUGGGGAAAUCUGAAGGUGCUUAA